GCGAACCAACAUAUCAAAAACCCAAAUGUCAACAGGUUUUUUUUUCCCUCUUCGAACGCCUAUUUCUUUGUCUUUUUACCAACAAAAUUUCCCAGUUUUCCUUGAAAAAUAAUCCUCCGAGCGAACCAUGACCACAGCAUCCGAAACCCGUAAUUGGCUGGAGCUGCCCUUGGACGUGACGGCCUCGAUUCUCUCUCGGCUGGGUGCAAUUGAGAUCCUGAAUAGCGCCCAAAGCGUGUGUUGUCAGUGGCGAAAGAUCUGCAAAGACCCGUUAAUGUGGAGAUCCAUUGAUAUGCACAAGUUGGGUGAGGUAUGUGACAUGGACUAUGACCUCGAGAAGAUGUGCGUCCACGCUGUCGAUCGCAGCUGUGGCAACUUGCUUGACAUCAAUGUCGAACACUUUGGUAGCGAUGAACUUCUAAUUUAUAUCGCUGAGAGGUCUGGUCAUCUUAAACGUCUUCGACUUGUAUUGUGCUAUAACAUUUCAGAUGAGGGAUUAAGUGAAGCAGCUUCAAAACUUCCAUUUCUAGAAGAGCUUGAAAUUUCACACUGUUCCAUUUCAAAAGAUGCUCUGGAAACUGUUGGACGAUGUUGCCCUCUUCUGAAGUCAUUCAAAUUCAAUAUUCAGGGAUGCAGACGCUUCCGCGUAGAGUCUGAUGAUGAUGCACUAGCUAUUGCACAAACUAUGCCCAACUUGCACAACCUCCAACUUUUUGGGAACAGGCUGACAAAUGAUGGCCUGCAGGCCAUUCUCAAUGGUUGUCCUUAUCUUGAAUCCCUUGACUUGCGCCAAUGUUUCAAUGUUAGUCUGGAAGGGAACUUGGAGAAAAGAUGUGUUGAAUGCAUAAAAGAUUUGCGGCGUCCUUAUGAUUCAACUCAUGAUUACGAGUUUGAUACAGAAGUUCAUGAUACUGGGUCAUCAGAUGAAGAUUAUCCAUCUGGAAUUUCUGACAUUGACUUAAUGUCUGAUGACUAUGAUGAUUAUUUUGAAUUCUCAGGGGCCAGUGACAUCUCUGAUUUUUAUGACGAAUACUUGGUUUUUGGCUAGUGGCUUCUCCAUGAAGUAGAGACGCCUCCAGACUAGGAAACAAGGUAAAUAGCAUGAAGAUAAAAUGGUGCUGCAAAUGUUAUUGCAGGCUCAUCGGGUUGCUUCUGAUCAUCAAAUAUUUCCCUUCUUUUACAUCGAAAGUUUACUUGUAUCAAUCUGUCUCCUUCCUAUCAACAGUUUGAGAGGUUUCAUAAGUUGGUGAUUCCUCCAGAAAAUAACUGUUAUCUUUUGUCUUUUGAGGUUCUUUCUUGUACCUUUAGUUUGCUGUAUACAUAUUCUAUCUGUAAAUAGCAGUUAAUAUUAACUUUUGCAAUCAUGUGGUUGAAGUUUAUGAAGUCUUGUUUAGUUACUUUCCUGCGUCCUGGGAGGAAUGAGAGCCAUGUCCUUGGUCAAUCUAGCAUGAGGUGUAGUGCCUCUAUAUCGCAAGCCAAAGUUGUGAUAUUUAUGUAAUUUGCUCGUUUCAUAUUUAGCAUGAGAAAGAAAGAUGCCUUUUGGGCUUUGACUGUAUGAAAGCUGCCCAUCUGUGGAUUCGGGAUGGAAGCCCAUCUUAGGCUUUUAGUCAGGCCCUUAACUCUUAUGAGGUGUGUACUUGGGCUUAACCAGACAAGUUAAGACUAAAAUCUCCCAGGGGUGGAUGUGGAUCACAAUCUUCAUUGAGACGUAGGUUCCCUCUGUUUGGUUCAGCAGCGUGCAGUGAGAGAUUGAUCAUCUACUUCUGAAGUAGAAGAGAGAGAGAGAAAAUGAGUACUUAAAACGAACAUUAAAAUAAAAGGG